AUGGAUCGAGAAUCCACAAGACUUGCUUGCAUGAGGAACAGGAGAAAGAAAAUAGAUGUACAGCCAGGUCAAAACAUACUGAAACUCGUGGAGGAUUGUUUUGAAAGUUGUGGCAGCGAUCUUACCAUAAGCUCCCCCUGUGGAAGCCACUGCUCGACUCCUGUUGUUGGAAGCAACCUGGCUUUGUUAGGGAGCGAAAGGAGAGAAACAAAUAAUAUACUAAAAGCUGUUGAGACACUGUGCCAAAGUCCUGCCAUGCCUUUGGACUCUGAGGAUGACAAUGGGGCUGUUGGAUCAUCACUGCUUGUGAAGGAGGCGAGUUCUCCUGGGCCUGUGUAUUCAUCCUCAAUAUCACCACCAUCACCUCCUCUUGUGACAGAUCAGGAAAUAGAAAUAGAAAACGAAUGUGAAUUUUUAAUUGAUGAUUCAUAUGAUGCAUCUUGUAAUUCUUGGAUUUCUAUACCCCAUAAGAAGAAAAAAUCAAAAAAAAACCUUCCUUCAAUUACUGUCUCUAAAUGUCAGCCCUCUAAGAAGACAGAGAAUAAGAAAGGCAAGAACAGACAAGUACAGGUCAAAGCACUUACUAAACAGAAGACAGAUGAUUCGGAUGCACGUGAGUUCAAAGGAGCAACAGAAUCGGAUCCAGUCUCGAGCAGCACAGGAAGGGCCCGUAAAUCUCGAAAGGAAAACAGUACUCAUAAGGGAAAGACUGAAAAGAGUGCACUUAGGCAAGGCUCUCCUAACAAGAAGGAGAUGUCCUCGAAACCAGAAGGUGAAGAACUGAUGUCACCAGCUGGAUUGGAAGUGAAUGCACCCGAUACAGAGCAGUGUAAAACCAGGGUGAUGCCAAGUGAGGAUUCUCCUCUGCCUUCAGCUGGCCAUCAGAAACAGCAGACUGUGUCUUCAAAAGAGAAUCUCAGGUCUCCCAAGGAUCCACAAUCUGCUUCAAAAACCUCUCAACCUUUAGUUCCCAAGAAACAAACUGCUAAGCAGAAAGUCCCAAAAGGUAAAGUAGCUAAGAGGCUGACAGGAAGUGUGAGGAAGAAGCUUAAAAAAUCUGUCAAGAAAAGUAGUAAUAAAAAGUCUCAGUUACAAAGACAGGAGAGUUCUGACUCUGAACCUGGUGAAGAAGAGCCUGAACAAGAGCCUGUAAAAUUGGAUGAAGUGUUUACCUCACCCCUGCAGCAGAAAUUGCAGACUCCCGGGAGUCCAAAGUUGGCUAAGUCUGAAAAGCCUAAAAAUGUAUUGCACUCAUUGGAGUCACUUAGUGCAGGCAAUGACGCUCUUGUACAAGCACUACAGUAUCUUGUAGAUAGUAUAAAGAAUUCUGGAAAGAAACAAAUGUCACCUAAGUCUUCAGGGAAGACUCCCAAAAAAACUCAUCACAGAAUGAGUGAAGGUGCUUGCUCGAGCCGUGAGGACACCGAUUCUCAAACGCCUUCUGACAGUAGUUCUGAACAGGACAUGGCAAGAAAAAAACAGAAAGAUUCCUUUGCAGUUGUGGAUGCUGCAGGUCAUGAAAGUGGGCCUGUUCUAGAGCAUGGUGUUAAAAUGGUUUCUGGACUUAAGUCUCCUGAACAGGACAGUGUGUCUACAGAUAAUUCUGAAGACUUGAAUUCUCAUCUAAGAGCUCUGUUGUCAGAUGAAAUAGCAAGGCAUAAAAUAGUGCUGCCUUCCAACACCCCUAACGUUCGUCGGACAAAACGGAUACGACUGAGACCUCUGGAAUAUUGGCGAGGCGAGCGCAUCAACUAUACAAUGAGUCCUUCAGGAGGUCUUGUGAUUAAUGGAAUAGUGUGUCCAGAAACAGAACCUGACAGGAAGAUUAAACAGAGGAAGUGUGAUCACAAUCAGAAAAGAGAUGAAAAAA